GCUCAUUCGUCCCCGCGAGCGCUGCCAUUAGAAAGUCGUCGGCAGUCGAUGAGUGCGGGUGUUCCGCGAGUCGGACGAGAAGGAGCGAAUUUAACGUCGGAGUCCCAGAGCGAAGGUUUCGCGAGAAAGUUUGUCCGGUCGAGUCGGGUAGCAGUCGGUUCGCGGAAAGAGGAAAGAGGAAAAGAGCUCGGAAGGUUCGGGAAGACGACGGAAUCCGGGUUCGCCGCGAAACUUCAGCAGUCGGUCGUGAGAAUCGUACCGUCCGUCGGCGACCGAGCUCUCUCGAUUCUCUCGCGGUCGGCGCACGUCGGGUCCCGAGCCGGUGCGCGACGAAGCGUGACGACGCGGACAGACGAAGCGCGCUCGAUUCGCGACGACGACGACGACGAGGAGGAGGAGAACGACGACGACGACGAGGAAGAAGAGGAAGAAGGAGCCGGAGCGCACAGUGGAAGAACAGGGCGCGUACGCUCCCGCCCGGAAGAUCGAUCCCCGACGACGGCACGCUCGCUGACGCGCCGUACUUCCGUCGCACCGUCGUCGACGAGAAUCCUCGACGAGGGACGCCCCGGCGGUUUCGCUUUUCGCGCUGGAGCGCCGACGACGUGCCGCCGCAGCCGUAGAGCGCUACGCAGCGACGUGGCGACGACGCCAUUUUGUAACUGAUACCGUACUGCGCUUCUUUCGGGAUCAGCACCGUCGUCGUGCCUACUCCUCAGGGCCGCGCCGUGAUCCGUGACACGCGCGUAUCUUCGAACGCGUUCGCCAGUGUGUGAUCAAACAUACGACGUGGAGCAGCUCGCCUCGAGAGAAGCGUCGGAGAGAGUGAGAGGGACAGUGACGUGUGGUAGCGAGACGGAGAGCAUCGCCGAGCCCACCGUUGCGACGGCAACUGUUAGCCCGGACCGUCCCAACUCUUUCCAUUUUUCGCCCCGCGUUUUUCGCCCUGGGUCGUCGCGUUGCCGUCAAGCAUGAGACUGGAAAUCGUGUCGGCGGCGGAUUUUCUGGUGCACCUGCUGCGCCUGCAGGCGGGCCAGCUGUCGGAACGGCAGCUGGAGAUGUUCAAGUCCUCGUUGACGGAGGUGCUGCGCCAUCGCUACCGCGACCACUGGUUCCCGGACCGGCCGAACCGCGGCUCCGGCUACCGCUGCAUCCGCAUCAACGGCAAAAUGGACCCGGUGAUCGCCCAGGCGGGCGCGAACGUCGGCCUAUUGCCGACCGUUCUCCACAACCUCUUCCCCAGCGAGCUCACCAUGUGGAUCGACCCGUCGGAGGUGUCGUACAGGAUCGGCGAGAACGGUUCCAUCUGCGUUCUCUAUGAGCGCACCGAGCCCGAGCCGGAGGAGAUCUCGCAGCACCACCAGCAGCACCAACAUCAGCAGCACCAUCACCAGGCGCAGCAUCAGCAGCCGCCGCAGCUGGUGCAGCAACCGCCGUCGCAGCAGCAACAGCAACAACAGUUCGAGAGCUGCAAGGACUCGCUGCUGCUGGAGCACACGCAGUUCAGCGAGCAGAUCGCCGCGUUCGUCUCCAGCUGAAUUGCCGGCCGCCGCGCCGCUCGCAUCCACGCUCUCGAAAUAAUAAUCUAAGCGCACGUGCGUCGUCGUCUCGUGAUAUGUGAUAUCCCUUUCGCGUCGGACCGGAGCUGCUGGUCCGCGCGCUCUCAACUUUUUCGUGGACUCUACACACAAACACACACACAGCUAUAUGUAUAUAUAUAUAUAUGUACAUACAUAUAUAUAUACACACACACACAUGUGCGCGCCUCCUCCUUGCGUUUUCCCCUUUGAUUUUUCCCUUCUUCUCGGCGCACCGAGAGUCCCGAGCGCAGAGUCGGUUCCCCGUCGCUCUGCUUCCUUCUGUGUCUGUGCACACACACACACGUACAUAUUUUCUCUACUCUCUCUGUCGUCGCCUCCUUUGGAAAACGGAGGAUGAUUGAUGAUAAAUGAUGAUCCUUCGAGCGAGUUCCUGCCACGGACGGAAGAGAGUCAUCCUAUGGGAACGCGAGCUCGUCCACGCGCGUCGGUCGACGACUAAACGACUCUAGUCCAGUCUCGCGCUCCUCGCGGUCCUCCUCUCGCUCGCGCGCGAAGGAUAGCCGAGGACGAGAAGGCGCGCCUGCGAGGAAAGACACUUUUCUCCGAUUCGGAGAGGCCAAUGGAAACGGAGGAGCGAUUUUCCAGCGUGUGCGUGAAGCAAGAAGAGGAAGAAGAAAGAAGAGAGAGGAAAGUCCACUAGAAUCGCGGAGGAGUCGAAGGCGAGCGGACUAGUCGAUUUUCAUCAAUCCGACCCGGUUCGUCACGGCCGCCGUCGACGACGAGUCGAUUCUUCCGUCGGAGAAGGGACGCGCGACGGCCGUCGCUGCGCGAGUUCGGAAGAACGGAGCGAACGCACACACUCUCUCUCUCUCUUUCUUCCUGUGUCUUUCUCUCUCAGUCCGACUAAUUGAUCUCAACACUUCCUCCACCCGCAUACCUCCGAGUGUCUCCCGUGAGCAACCAGCAGCAACCACGCGAGGGAGAAACAACGAAGACCAGCCAGCCUCAUCGUCCUUCCGUUAUUGCUACGUUCUCGAGGGAGUAAAGGAACUGCACACAUUCACAUGUAUACAUCGCGUACAUACACACGUACACACUGUCUCUUUGUCUCUCUCUACCCCGUGCGACCUCUUUUUUCUUCCACGUCUUCUUCAUCGUCGAAAGUUUCGACCUGCGAGUCUUAAGGUUUGUACACACCGAUGGGAGUAUUGUUAUUUCGAGAUAACGCGCGAGACGGGGAAACGAGCGAUCGUUUUCGCGGCUAGUGCGACGGGAUCGGUUUCAACUUUGUUACAGUUUCGUUUCAACCAUGCGUGAUUUUGUGUCUCACACACGUCGGUUUUGUACGAUCUUAAAGAUGAGGAUCGCAAAGGAGCGGGAUAUGAGAGUCGAUCGCGUUCUCCAUUCUCGCCGUCGUCGAGGAUAUCUUCCUCGAAUCUCACUGUCAAUUUCUCACUGUCAAUGCAGAUUACCACCGAGCCACAUAUACAUGCGGACAGGUCACAGUUGUACACGAAAAUGAAGACAUAUACGUAUAUAUAUGUAUAUACACACACACACACACAUAUAUACAUACACACGACAAUCGCAUACACGGUUUCUCCAGCGUACGACCGGUUGACUCGUCGAGUUAAAUCCUUCGUUGAUGUCAAUUUCGAACGAAUGUCAGACGCGAAAAUAAAAAGUCACAUUAGAGUCAGCGAUGUUUCCUCGCGCGAUUCUCUACGAGCGACAUUCGAGAAACUGUUCGGGAAAAUUCUCUCACGGACUGUUUCGAACAUUCGGAGAAAUUGCGUAUGCGAAGGUGUCGAUUCGAUUCCAAAUUUUCGCGGAUGCUGUUUCCCGAGGGUGGCUGUCGAUAGUGAAAAAUCCCAGCGACGGAACUAUUCGAGAGCGAUUCUCCACGUAAGAAUUGUUAAGUGCAAGUUUCGAAUGUGCAUAGGCAUACAAAUAAAUACACACACGUACAUACAUACGUACACGUGCAAAUACAAAUUUCAUGAAAGCGCGCGAGUUUAUAUGUACAUAUAUAUAGGCGUUAUGUAUGUAGAGCACCGUGACACGGUCGGGAGAAAAGGGGGAGAAGUGAAGUCGAAUCCGGGCGUGUACACACCGACGAAUUGUAUAUUAUCCUUCGCGUGAGAGGAGACGAAAGAAAGCGGGAGAAAACGCGACACGUAUAAAAUUGCUGUGAUUUUAUCCACGGGAAGGCACACGGGCAUGUUUUUACUAUCGAGAGAGUCGGUCUCGGAAAGUAAAGCUCGAUGUAUGAUGUGUAUAUGUUUGUGUAUAUGUCGUGUGUAUAUGUGUGUGUGUGUAUAAGUCAGUGUGGGUGUGGGUUCGUGUGCAGGAUUGAUUGCGUUUUCGCGGAUGUUUCGGCAGUAGUAUGUUCGGGAAUGAUUCCGUGAGAGAAGGAUUGGUCGCGCCUGCUGGUAAGAUUCCGCCCGCUGCUCACCCGAUACGUUUGCUCGCGCCACUCCGACAAAUAAUAGCCGAGUUCGCUCGAUUAGUCACGUUUCUGCUUCGUGUUCUCGCGGCAUCGAGGUUUGUUCAAUUACCAUUACUUGACGAGCUGAUAUACUUACCGCCGUUAACACAGAGAAAGAGAGAGAGAGGUCCAUGAGAUCUCACUCGCAGCACUUAGCUGCGAGU